AUGGCAAAAUUUGAACUUUUACCAACUCAACAGCUGGAAAUGAUAGAUGGUAAAAAUCGUUACGAACUUUUACGUAAUCAAAUACCAUUGUACGGUGAUUGCUGGAUUAAAGCUGUGGAAGAAUUGCAUUUGGGAUGUAAACAAUUAAACGAAGAAAUACAAAGUAGAUUGGCUUUCUCAUUUGCCAGAUGUUUUCUUCUAAAACUCGGAUUGAAAAUUGAUCCCUGCCCAUCGCAUGUAGAUAUUGCAGAAUGCAUGAAGGAUAUGAAUGAAAGAAUUUUUACUUCUUACACUGAAUUUUUUACGCAUACUCAAAGUAUAUGCUUCUUCUUACAGAGCCAAGUUUGGCAAAACGAAGUUGAAGGUACUGUUCGUAAACUGUCGGCAACUUCGAAACGGUUGAGUUAUAAGUUGGAACUGGCCUCGGAGAAGCAAAUGGAAAUAUUAAAAUUACAGAGUGUCUCUCUGGAUGAACAGCAGAAAAUGUUGAAAUCUGGUAAUGAUCUUAAUAGCCAAAUUGAAAAGUCCAGAGAGAAUAUUAAAAAUGUCUUUCAGGAGCUUAAAUCUACUACUCAAGAACACAGAAUUUUAAUUUUUGAAGUCUUUGAGCAGAUUAAUAAAUUAAAUGCUCUUAUUUUAGGUGGUUUUGUUGGGUUUUAUACCAUAGUGUUUUAUGUAGUGUCAAUUUUUGUUUCAUAUUUAUUGACUUCCACUACAAGAACUCAAGAUGCUCGGUUAUGGUUAUUUAUCAUUAUGACUUUAAACUGUAUAGGAGAACAAAUAAUAUGUUCAUAUAGUAUGAAAGAGGAAAGUGAAAGAAAUAAGUUAUUACAAGAUGACGUAAGUAUUUUAUAAUUUUUAAAAUUCAUAAUAGUAAAAAUAGUAUUUGGAUGAAAUACAGAAUGUGUACAUAGAUACAUAGUUUUUGAUAUAACACGUGGAUUCCUUCCACUUUCAGAAAUUUUUUCGAAAAAUGGCAUGUUCCAUAUUUUUCAAAAACAUUCGAAUUAAAGAAUCCAGUUAUAACGAAAGGUAUAAAAAAGUAAGCCUGAAGAAGAUCCCAGGAGGGGAAUCGAAAACGUUUGCCGAUUU